AUGCAAUUUUUCAAAUCAGUAUCACUUUUAGCUUUAGCUGCUCAAGCCUUUGCAGGUUUAUCUCAAUACCAAUUCUUUGCCAAAACGGGUAACAAAGAAUUAGAUGGACAUGGUUUAUACUAUAUUCAUGAAGGUGCUGCUAUCAACUAUUAUUUCCUUGCAAACAAUACCGAAACUUCGUCAGCUUCUGUUGUUACUUACAAUGACGAGACUCAAGAGUUCUACUACCAAGUUAAUCCCCAAAUUAGGUUUGUAUUGACAGUCCUGGGAGGCAUUUUGCAAUUGAGUGCUGGCGAACCAUUAAAGACGUCAAUUGGAGAUGAUGGUAUUAUUUCCUUCAAUGGCAGUGAAUUGUUGAGUGUGGUGAAGAGCAUUGAUGAUCCAUAUGGAUACUCUAAAGAAAACUUUGCAGUUACUGUUAAAGAUGACCAUGGUGGAAUUCCAAUCAGCAUUGAAGCAAGAAAGUACGAAAGUUCUUAG